AUGGUGUCUUUCUGGCCCUGGAAGGGCGAGGAUAACUCCCCCGCGUCCUUUGAAAAGACGCUGUCGACCUUGUCUACCAAGAUCGCCCAGGCUACCACGCGACUGGACCAACAGCGCCAAACAGCCCGUCGCUUCAAGGCUCUGUGGACCCUCUACUCGACCUUUGCAUAUCUCUUCUACUCGAUCGUCCUUGCGCUGGUACUCGGAUGGGAGAGCUGGGGUGUCAAGGAGUACACCGCCAUUGCGGGCGGCCCAGUUCUGAUAUACGGAGUCCGAACAGCCGGCGCUCGUCUCUUUGAAUACCGCAUCUCCAGAAGCCAGCGCCAUCUCGAUGAGCUGAACAAACAGCGCGACGAGACUAUCGAGAAACUCAAGGUCGCAACCAAGUACAACUCCACGCAACAACUGCUCGAGAAGUAUGGCGGCGAGUCGCCAAAGACUAGUCCCAACCCCAAGGCCGGCCCCGACAGCCGCAAGCAAACUACACCUUCGCAGAAACAGCAGCAACAACAGCAACAUGUAGCCCGCACGGGACUACCCCCUCCUCCAACCGCCAACAUCCGCCGUCCUCCUCCCGGCCAGUCUCCUAUCGGGCCAGGCAACCCUCCCUCACCUCCUCCCUACCAAACUCCCCAACAACAACAGGCUCUGCCAAACGCACCCUCCACACCUCCCCUCCCCCAACAAUUCACCGAAGAGCCGGGCUUCGCGCCGAACGCAUUCCCCAGUUCCGGACAGUAUAUCGAGCAACCGCACUGGUAUGAUCGAUUGCUGGAUGUCCUGCUCGGCGAGGACGAGAUGCAGCCCCGUAACAGAAUGGCCAUGAUCUGUGGCUCGUGUCGUCUGGUGAAUGGCCAGGCACCCCCGGGCAUCAAAACUCUCGAGGAGCUGGGUCGUUGGCGGUGUGGUAGCUGUGGGGCUUGGAACGGGGAGGAGAGCGAGACGACCAAGAUGUUGUCGACCUUGAGGCAGAGCUCUGGUCCGGCUGAAGGUCUGUCGGGUUCUGUCUUGACUGUCGAGUCCGAUGGUCAGGGUGGGGAUGUCAGUGACGAAGGGGUGAUGGUUGCUGCUAGUGAAGAGGAUGAGCAAGGGGAUCGGGAUUCCGAUGAGGUGAAUGAGGACGAGUCGGAUCAGAAAGAGGAACCCAAGGCUGAACCUGUCCGUCGGUCAAAGCGUGGCAAGGGCAAGCAGUAA